AUGCAAGGCCUCAGAAAACUGACGAAGGAGAAAACUACUCCUGCAGUCCCAACAGCGUCGGCGCGGGAAGUGCGUAGCAGUAUGCAUGAAUGUGCAGAUUUACUGCGCUUGAAGGAUAGCGCUUUAGCCCUGGGUUUUGUUUUCCACCGGAUGCAUGUAUACGUGUAUGAAUGCACGCAGAAACGGCAACAGGAGUACAGCAUUGACUACGAGGCCUACCGCCACUUCGCCUUCUUUGCGGGCCUUUUGCUGCAGGCGAAUGCCCCCACGCCGACGAGUGCGGUAGACCUGGUUAAGUGGUACCUCACCGAGAAGGCCUACUGUGUGCCGAGGGACUUGUCACGGCCUCUUGUCCCCAACGUGUACACUACAUUGGUCCACAAUCUUAUCUUGGAUUCCUGUGUGGACGUUGUGGAGGGCUCAGAAGAUGGUCAUCUUCAGCUCCUCCCCAAUAAAUAUUUUCUACUUUGGGCGUGGAAAGACUUCGCGUUAGACUUCGACGUCCGCAUGCGCGCGACCCCGUUCUGA